AUGGCGGACCGAUACUCCUUCUCGCUCACGACCUUCUCACCAAGCGGCAAGCUGGUCCAGAUAGAAUAUGCCCUGAACGCCGUAAACCAAGGUGUCACAUCGCUCGGCAUCAAAGCGACAAACGGCGUCGUCCUAGCCACCGAAAAAAAGUCCUCCACGCCUCUCAUCGACGCCGCCUCCUCCUCGAAAAUCAGCCUCGUAACGCCCGACAUCGGCAUGGUCUACUCAGGCAUGGGCCCCGACUACCGGAUCCUGGUCGAUAAAGCCCGCAAAGUCUCGCACACCGGCUACAAGCGCAUCUACAACGAGUACCCGCCCACACGGAUACUAGUGCAAGACGUCGCGCGCGUGAUGCAGGAGGCGACGCAGUCCGGAGGCGUGCGGCCGUACGGGGUGAGCCUGCUGAUCGCGGGCUGGGACGAGGGGAUCGAGGCGGAGGAGGCCAAGGACGCGGGGACCACGGAGGCCGAGAAGAAGCAUGCGAAGGAAAGGACGGGGGGCGUGUUGAAGGGGGGGCCGAGUCUCUACCAGGUCGAUCCGAGCGGGAGCUACUUCCCGUGGAAGGCGACGGCGAUUGGGAAGAAUGCGACGAGCGCGAAGACUUUCUUGGAGAAAAGGUUUCAUGAGGGCUUGGAGCUGGAGGAUGCGAUUCAUAUCGCGCUGCUUACCUUGAAGGAGUCGAUUGAGGGGGAGAUGACAGGGGAGACGAUAGAGAUAGGCAUCGUUGGCCCGCCGGCAGAUAAGCUGCUUGGAUAUGAAGGCGUAGAGGGAGCCCGAGGCCCAAGGUUCCGCAAGCUGAGCGCGCAAGAGGUUGAGGACUACUUGACCAACCUAUAG